AUGCCAAACCUAACAAGUUUAGAGUUUGAGGCGUUGGAUAUCUCUGGGGAUAAUUAUCUCGCGUGGGCACUAGAUGCCGAAAUCCACCUCAGUGCAAAAGAGCUUGGUGAAACAAUCAAGGAAAGGAAUAAGGCUGAAUCUAAGGAUAAGGCAAAAGCAAUGAUAUUCCUUCGCCAUCACCUCCACGAAGGUCUCAAGAGUGAGUACUUGAAUGUGAAAGAUCCACAAGUCCUUUGGACUAGUUUGAAAGAGAGGUAUGAUCACCAGAAAACUGUGAUCUUACCUAGAGCUCGUUAUGAUUGGACACAUCUGAGACUCCAGAACUUUAAAUCUGUAAGUGAGUACAACUCAGCAUUGUUCAAGAUUACCUCAAAGUUGGAAUUAUGUGGAGAGAAAGUCAUGGAUGCUGAUAUGUUAGAGAAGACAUUCUCUACAUUUCAUGCAAAUAAUGUUGUCCUGCAGACACAAUACCGUGAAAAGGGAUUCCAGAAGUAUUCUCAGUUGAUAUCUUGCCUCCUUGUGGCAGAGCAAAAUAAUGAGCUGUUGAUGAAAAAUCAUGACCUGCGCCCAACUGGUUCUGCUCCAUUCCCUGAAGCGAAUGCGACAUCCUAUGAUAGGAAAGAACAAAACCACAGAUGA